UUAGGUCGCACCAGUAUUUCGAAAGUUUGAAUUUCAAGAAGUGAAUUUAUUAGGACUAGUUCAUGAUAGAAAUGCUAGAUUUGAUAUAAUUACAUUUGUUUCAGGGCAUAGUUAAUGUGCCGAUUAACUCUUGUUUCAGUCAUCACGACCAGGCGCCAUUGACUAUAUUUUGAGCUAGUGCAAAGAUGGCUUGUCCGUUGGUGAUCAACAAGAAUUCAGUGAAAGCCUUGGCAGCUUGGUGGCUUUCUAACGAGUCAUCUUUGAAUUAUGUAGGGCUUACACCAAAAAGUGGACGUGGCAAAGUGUACAUUGAUAUGCACAGUCCAGGAAUCAUCGUUGGGAUGCCGUUUGUGGACGCAAUACUGAAAGAGAGCAGUUGCGAGAUAGAAUGGCAUGUGUGCGAAGGUCAGACAGUAAAGUCCUGUCCGGUGAGGGUUGCUACGAUUAGUGGAGCUAACGAAGAUAUAUUCUUUUGCGAAAACCUGGUUAUUUCGGUACUUUCAAGAGCCAGUGGCAUAGCGACCUUGGCUAGCAGGAUUCAAUUGAUUCUGCAAGAAGUUUCAUGGAAGGGGACAAUAUAUAUGCCAGAUAGAAGGACGCCGGGUUUUGGUCUUGUAGAAGAAUACGCGAUGAUGAUAUCAGGAGUUACGGAACGAAAGUCAUCGGUUAGCGUGCGUUGCCAAAAUAUGGACUCCGAGAGCCUCAAAAAUGCUGUCGAUGAAGUCCGUUCUAGGGUUGGCUCUAUUCCUGUGCAUGUUGCUUGCUCGAGGUUAGAUGAAGCUUGUUUAGCCGCUGGAGCUGGAGCAGAUAUAUUACUCACUGGUUUGAGCGCAAAGGAGAUCUUGGACAUCGCCACUCAGGUGAAAGAAUCCUUCCCCGAAAUUCAAGUUAUUGCUAGUGGCUUUUUUGAUGACUCAGACGUAAAACUAUGUGCAACUCGCUAUGUGGAUCAUUUAACAUCUCUAAAACUGUGCAAUGGCUAUGCGUUUGUUGACUUUCAGAUGACAUAUAUUAAAGAUGAGCAUAAAAAUGCAGAAUCUGCGGACUACGUAGUCUUGCUAGAAGAAAAUGAAUUGUCUGCUCCUCCAAAACCAAAAUCACCAGGCCCUCAACCCACUGAAGAGGUGGCUAGCUCAAUUUCUACGCCACUAAAGAAGCCUCGCUUAGUCGAUGAUGAGGGCGACACCCCUAAAUCAGCUAAGCUCAAUGGUACUCCAGCUCGCAACACCAAUCCGACGGCCCCAGAUCCGAAUUGGUCCACAUUUUCCAAUGCAGCUAAUGUACAGAAUCAGAAGCGUGCUCAGCGAAUUCUUCGACAUCCUCAGUACACACCACAACAAAGGUCAAAUGUUCCUCGCUCACAAGCGCCUGGUGGUUUGCCGUUCUUUGUGUCGAACCCACGGCUUAUGCCACCAACAUCCACACCUACACGGGCUCCAGCUAUGCUCCUACAACCUGGUUUGAAUAUUAAUAAUCAAGUAUCAAAUGUACUGACUCCUCCCAACAAUCAACCAAAUGUCAGCAUGCGUUUACCUAUAGUACCUCCUCAACUGCAACAGCCACCACAGUCCAUGUCACAACGUAUGCCAUCAAACCCUCCAGGAAUGCUCGGUAACAAUCAAACUAUGGGUGGUGGAUUUUUAAACAACAUCCAACCACCUCAUAACCAACCACCAAAUUGGCAAAUGGUUCCAAGCGGUCCCGGUGGACAUCCAAUGGGUGGGAUUGGAUUAGGGAUGCGUGUUGGCGGUCCUGGAGGACCAAAUGUGAAUAACUGCAGAGCAGAACUAGCUCUCCUACACUGGGUCCCAAUAGAUAGUGGCUUGUUCGCUGACCGACUGAACGUAACAGUGAGGAUUUGGAAAGAUGAGGACACUCGCCGUUACCCUUUUGUCGUUUCUUCCUACGCUACCACUGGCUGCAUUUCAGAAGAGGUGAAAGAUGACUGACUGACGUAGUGGUGUUUGAACCAGUGUUACACAUUGGCUCAAGGAUCCUAAGGGAACAUUGCGUAUGAAGUCGCCAUUAGCCAUCGCCUACCACUGCUUUGCGGGUUUGAUCUGUGUAUCAAAGACUCGGGGGUCGGCGCCGUAAGAAAGUCAAGUAAACUUGUUUUGCGGUUAUUUCUGAUGUAAAACUUUAUCGUAUUUCUUUUCCAUUUUAAUUUUUACAUAUAAAACUAAUCGACACUUGAUUUUCACUAUUAACAGUAAAUUUUACGGUAAUAAUGCUUAGGAACUGACCAAUUCACUUAAUCGCUCUCAUAUUUCCUUGCAAUCAAUAAUGAGCUUAAAUUUCAUUAUGAAAAUUCAUUGACUAGUUCGCG